CGCCAUAUUGCGUGUUGUAGAUUUGACUAAUUUUAUUCAAGAGAAGUCUCACUUUAUUAGUAAUUAAAAGGCCUUAGCUCUCGUCGGCAAUACGAUUUGCUCGAACGAUAAACAUAAUAUAUUACUAUUUUUAUAUAUUAAAUUAGUUUCGGUGUAUAAGUGCUGUAAUUCGAUGAGCUGAUACUUGUAAAUAACAUAAGUGCACGUACUUCCUAUUAUUAUAUUUUUGGGGCAAGGGUUUUAAAUUCUAUGUAAAUUAGUACUAGAAUGGGUUUUGUACAUUGUUCCAUUUGUCAGUCAGUGCUUUCCAUUCGAUAUCAGUGCUAUCUUAACGUGUGAUGUAAGUCGUGCUGAACACAUCGAAACAAACCUAAUGGCAUUUAGUGUGUGGUUUUAAUUCAAAGUGAGAAAUGGCUCCCAGGCCUCCGCCACCGCCGGGGCCUCCGCCCCCUCCUGGGCCCCCGCCACCGCCGGUUUUCGGUGGUUCCAAAGGUGGCUCUGCAAACGAUAGAGAUGCGCUUCUAAGUUCUAUAAGACAGGGAGCAAGGUUAAAAAAGACUGUGACUGUUGAUAAAAGUGGACCUUAUAUUCCCGGCAAAGUGUCAAAUGUGUCGAGCAGCCCAUCGUCUCCAGCUAAUGGUGUCAAAAGUGCUGCUCCGUUGCCAAAUGGUGGUGGGGCCAUGCCCGGUCUGGGUGGACUUUUUGCUGGUGGAAUGCCAAAAUUAAGACCUACUGGAAAGUUAGCAGGUACAACUCCGAAUGGUCAAGUCAAGACUGAAGCACCACGGUUUCCACCACCUCAAAAGUCUCCGGAAAAAACGAGACCUGCACAGUCUCCGUCAGCGGGUGGGAAUUUAGUGGCUGCCUUAUCAGAGGCCUUAGCCUCAAGGGAGGCCCAAAACCAACCAACCCGGCCGACUGUGAGAAGACAGCCUAGUGAAGUGAAAGCGAGAGGUCCACCACCGCAGCCACCAGUUCAAAAACAGAUGCCCUUGAGCUCAUCGGAUUCUGUGCUAACGACGGGAUCGAUCGCCGACAGGAGUACGAACUUACAGAGAGCCCCCGAGCCGCCUCCGCCGCCCAAUGUGUCGACGCUGCACCGCAACAAGAGCUCGCUACACACCACCUCACAAACGUCACUAGGUGGUUCCAUGACCUCACUAUCAUCUGCGCCACCGACGCCGACGCCCUCAUCAUCAUUAUCAACAUCAGACCUCUCCGAGCGGCCAAGGGUGAGCCACGGCAAGCCGAACCUAGCGCCGAAGCCUCCAACCAACACCCCACCUGACCGACCGUCACCGCCGCCCAAGAAGUUGGUUGUGAACGGCAAGUUGGCGGCGCGAGCGCAGAGCAUGAGGAUGCCACGGUCACCUCCCGUUUCGCCGCCUUCUCCGCCUAACCUCAACCGGCCACCGCAGCCGCUGCCGACGCAAAUGAACCACCCCAUCGGCACCAAAAACCCAGCCUCCCAUUUUGGUACACUCCGUGCGCCGCGCGGUCUGCGUCCGCCGGGGGUGUGUCCACCGCCGCCGCCCGCCGCCCCGCCCCCCGCGCCGCCCACACGCGCCGCGUCGCUCGCGCAGCCGCCGCCUCCCCCGCCGCAUCACCGGCUGCCCGGCGCGGUCACCGACGCUCACGCGCCAGCCGUGCCGGUGCGCGGCUCGUCAAUGCGUGCGGAGCUUGAGGCGCGGUUCGCGGCGCUCUUCCACCCGCAAACCGCCUUCCCCCCGCCCGACCCCUUCCUCAGGGUCGCUAAGGGGUACAGCAGCGUGAGUGCUGUAAACUAUGGUCGUGUAACAGCGGGCAAGGCGCAGGCGCCGGCGCCGCCGCUGCGCAUGCCGCUGGACGGGUGGUCGGGCACGUCGAGCGCGUGCUAGCCCGCGCGGGGGGCCCGCCCCGCCCCCCGAGCCUGUCCCGCCCCCCGCGCCGCGU